GACAGGAUUUGAGUACACACUAGCUAAUUUGAUAGAUUUAUAGAAAAAGACAAAAACUCGCUCUAUCUUAAUCAUAGCUGUUUUAGUAAAAGAGAGUCUCGGAUCUCCUUCCAGUCUUGUGUACGGAGACGGUUCACAAACAUGUUGUUUAUCCGAGGAAGGUAAAAUGUGAGAUAGCAGAGGCCAGGAAAUUUGUGGAUGUUUCGAGAUGUGUGGAUUACACCAUUUAAGAAGAUCAGUGAUGAUGUAAUUUUUUGUGAUUUUUUCCUCCAAAAUGUCAGCUAUGAAAGGGAUAGUGAUGUGUCCAGAACUGGCAAAGCGCCAACUUUUCAUCACUAGAAACAACAAAGAUUCGUUAAAGCUUACUUCCUACAGACGACAUCCGGGAACUAGUGUCGUCAUUUCCUGUAUAGCUCCGGAAACACAUCGACUGAAGGGCGACCCAUUUUUAAAAUGUCUUCAUAGUGGCAGAUGGAACAAACCAAUACCUCGCUGUAUCCAUGCCAACGAUUGGGAUCGCGCGUCAAAGUCUGAAGAUGAUAAGUUUUUGAUUGCAGGUCACAGUCCUCAGAAAUCGGUGUCCGCUGGAGGAAUUUCCCAGACCGAGGCUCUACCUUACGUUAUAACUGUUUCCGUUCUCGCAUUAAUGUUCAUUGCACUCAUCGCAGCUAUCGUCUACCUUGCCUAUCUCCGGCGGAGACUGGAGACGUCAAUUAAGGAGGCAGAGGCCCGUCCUGCGCAUGUCAGAGCCGUAGAAAGCUUGAUGUCAUUACCCACGACGUCAUCAACAGCCUAUGACUUUUCAAUGAAUGUAGACGGCGCUGCGUACGCCACCUCUUCCGGAACCAGUUCUCCUACGUAUGGCCCAGAAUUAGAAUACCCUCCGUGGAAUACGUACCCGCGACUGCAGCAAUCCAGGUUAAAGUUGGAGACUGAAAGCACGUGCGGCUCAGUGCGCUACACUACUUUUUCGGACUACCUCGUCUAUAAAUAGCUCCUUGGAUAAGGGAUAAGAUAGGAUGCUAAUGCCGAAUAUUGUGUAUUCUACAACCAGUGGAGAGACAUUCGCAAUAAUCAUGGACACGUGUUGGACAGAUGUAUACUCAGUGGUUUUUUCUUGGAUAAUAGUUUGACAAGGACAAAAUGUGUGGUUCCCAUGGACAUUAUUUUGCCAUGGACAUAAUAUGGGGUAUCCAUGUAUAUCAGAUGAACAAAGACAAUAUUUGGUAUCAAUGGACACCAUUUUGACAAGGAUAUAAUAUGCGGUCAUCCAUGGAAAUCAUUUUGAUAUGAUCUGAUAUAUCCAUGGAUGUCUGAUUGACAUAAUAAUCAUUAUAUUGUCAACUACUUUCGUAAGUGAUGAAUAUAUUUUCGAAGACAGACUCUUGCUCCCGGUACGAUCUGUGUCAGACAAGCUCUUGAUGCCGGUUUGAUUUACGUCAGACAGACUCUUGUUGUCAAUAUUAUCUAUAUCAGGCAAACUCUUGAGCUGGUGGGUGAAAUAUGAAGAUAUGCUCUGAAACACCUACCUGAAGGUUGCAUUGUUGUUUUGGAUUGGAAUAGACGCCAUCUUUGUAAAAAUAAGUGUAAAAAAAAUUUGUCAAUUUCAUGUAAUGUACAUAAUGUAUAUCAUGCGAACACGACACAAAUUAGGGCUGUCUUCAAAAUACAGCAGGAAGCAAAUCCCAUGUCUACUAUAUUGUUAUUUAUUCCAUGUAAAAAAUUGAUGAUUUAAAAUUAUUUUUCUUACAAGGUUGUCAAUCCAUAAUUUUUUAAUCAAAGUUGUAAAAUCCAUAUUUAAGAGCAAUGUUGUUAAUCUUCAGUUUUUAGCACAAAAGUGUUAAUCCAUAUUUUUAGAGCAAGGUUGUUACUUUUUAGAAGUUAAUUUACUAGGGCACGGUUCCUAAUCCACAGUUUUAGAACGGUGUUGCUAAUCAUCCGUUUUUAAAUAAUGUUUUAAUCCACAAUAUUAAGCACAAUGCAGUUAUUCUUUUAGAACAAAAUUGUCCAUCCUCAGUUUUUAGAACAGUGUUGUUAAUCCAAAACAUUUAGCAUAAGAUUGUUAUUUUUUCGAAUCAGGUUUAUCCACCGACAAGUUAUUAAUGUUGAUUUAUACAAACUGAAUUUUCCUAUUUUGAAUGCCCCCUUUCUAUUAAGUCCAAUAUUAUCUCAUUUUUGAAAGCGUAUAAAAGGCAAUUCAGCCUACUAAUGAAAUUGUACCUAUCACAGAAAUCAAACGCUCAUCAGAAAUACUACAGCCUUUCCAAUACAUUCAGCCAUUUUAGAUAUAUAUUGAAUAAAUGACUGAAACUGUCCGGUGGUUGCCAAUGAAACAUUUAUAAUGCAUAUGACGUCACGUUCAUCGAUACUAAAUCAUGACAUUUAGAGUUAUAUGAAUCUUCAUUGAUUGUUAUGUAAAUAUCUUCUGUAUUUUAUUUUAAUACAAUCUAAUUAAAAUUAGAUCAUGAACAGUUUUAAUUAGAUUGAUUUUUAUAUUUAUUUAUAUACCAAUAUCACUGUAAUACGCGAUUGAAUAAAUCCACUAUCUAUAAUAA